AUGCUGGAGGGGGUUUCAUGUGGCAACCAUACCGAUCUAGCCCGGACCCAAUACCCUACUACGGAAGGUCCGGCAGUUUUCCGGCCCGAUUCCAAGCCCCAGUUGGUAUAUGUACCUAGCGGUAAAACCGGGCCCAUCGCCGGUCGGGAACAGGGAAAGGGAUUUUCAGGCACGGACCACAAAGCGCCUUGUGUACCCGUACCACAGGAAAAUCCCGGAGCUGCCGCCCACUUUGACGCCCGCAUCUGGGCUGUGCAAUGUGGUAAGCUACGAAUUAGAUUGGCCGGCUGUGGACGGUAUAGGUAA